AUGGACCCCCCGGAGAGAACCAACAAAUUUAUCUCCGCGCGCGGUGCCCUUCGCGGGUCAGGCCAGCUCUCACCCCCGCCCAGCACCACGUCCCGGAACCUGCGCACCACGCUUCUUUUCCGCGGUUUCUUCUCCUUGGUCGGCGCCGCCUUCUACCCCAUCUACUUCUGGCCCCUAAUGAGGCUAGAGGAGUACCAAAAGGAACAAGCUAUAAAUAGGGCUGGGAUCGUUCAAGAAGAUGUGCAGUCACCAGGGUUAAAAGUGUGGUCUGAUCCAUUUGGCAGGAAAUGAGAAGGCUGUCACUAGCUCUGAUUACAAAAGUAGACACCUUCAUGCUUUCGACUCUGCUUCGAGCGCAAUAAAUCACUUCACUAUGGAAGGCUGGCUGGAGAAGAAAACCCUGUCAUGCCAUCAAUAAGAGUACUUGUCAGGA